AUUCUUAUUCUUUAUAUCCUCUUAGAGGAGAUCAUAAAUUUUGAAUGUGGUUCAACCUGUCCAACUGUUCAUUCCAUCGAUUCACCGAAUUCUGAUAUUGCUCCUCUGAACACAACAACAAUAUCUGCUUCAUCAGCUAUAGCAACUUGUUCAACAGUCCCAUCAAGUACAAUUAAUCCAAGAAUAUCAGCUAAUUUGGUGAAGAGAAGACGUAGAUUUGAUUAUGGCAGUACACUGAAUUCAGAUAAUAUUAUACAAAAUAAUCUUAAUAGUCAUAGUCUACAAAUUCAAUCCAUUCCCGUUGUUGAUUCAGCCUCAUAUGAAAAUCAAGUAUUAUACGAUGCUCAGUCGAAAGUUUCUCUGGAAGAUUUGAAGAAGGCAGCUAAAAGUACAAGGAAUAAAAAGCCCAUGCGUCCAGCUGAUUCUACUAUUCCACAAAAUUCAUCUGACAGUAUAAGUAUAUUUAGACCAUCGCAUACUGGUAUACAUCAUCAGAUAUUAAGUUUACCACAAGAUUAUCAGAGUAUCGCGUUAACUAAUUCAGUGGAAUCAAAUAUUUAUUGUCGUAAUUCUUCACCUCAUCAAACUCCAACAGUUGAAACACAAGGCUUUCAUGGUUGGUUCAGUUCAACUGAUGAAGAUGAAAAUGAUGAUCCUAGUGGGAGUAAUGAAGUGGGAUUAAGAAGGCAAAAGAAACAGCAAACAUGCACUAGAAAUUCUAGCCGAAAAACAAUGUCAUCGAAUUUAGGAUAUUCUAAAAUGGUUGGUCAGGAAAAUCCGACUAUAUCACAGCAACCAAUUGCUGUAAUCUCUUGUAAUAAUAAUAAUAAUACUAACAACGUUAGUAAUAAUAAAAAUAAUAAUCGUGGAGGUAAAAAUGAUAAACAGCAAAGAAAUUUAAACGAUACCGCAAGCACUAGUCUAACUGAAGAACCGAUUGAUAUGAACUCAGAACUUGUUCCCAUGUACAAAAUGAAUGUUCUGUUGUAUGUAUCUGAUCUCUCGAGAAAACGAUAUGGAACACUAAAUAGGAAAUAUUUACUAUAUUUCUGGUAUUUAAUUAUUAUAUCCAUUUUCUAUGGGCUUCCUGCAGUCCAGCUGAUCAUGACAUAUCAGAAAGCUGUUUUUGAGACCGGCAAUGAAGAUUUGUGUUAUUACAAUUUUGAGUGUGCUCGUCCACUUGGUAUCUUCACAGCUUUCAAUAACAUCAUUUCAAAUAUUGGUUAUGUCAUGUUAGGAUUAUUAUUUCUAGGCCUUACUGCACGACGUGAUAUCAUUCACAGACGAACAAAGAAUUUGAAUCCUAAUUCUCAGGUAUUAGGUAUUCCACAACAUUAUGGACUGUUCUAUGCGAUGGGCUUAGCAUUGACUAUGGAAGGACUGAUGAGCGCCUGCUAUCACAUGUGCCCAAAUUUUUCAAAUUUUCAGUUUGAUACCGCCUAUAUGUAUAUACUUGCUAUGUUAAUUAUGCUGAAAAUUUAUCAAACAAGGCAUCCAGACGUAAAUGCAUCAGCUCAUUCAGCCUAUAUGGUUAUGGCUGUCGUUAUUUUUCUUGGUGUUCUGGGUGUUUUGUAUGGUAACCAAAUAUUUUGGAUUAUUUUCACUAUCUUCUUUUUGAUAAUGAGUGUCGUACUGACAGUGGAGAUUUAUUAUAUGGGCCAAUGGAAUAUUGAUCUUUGCCUACCAAGACGUAUCUAUCACCUAAUUCGUACCGACGGAAUAAGUUGCUUCCGUCCAACAUACCUAGAGCGUAUGCUUCUUUUACUUAUUGCCAACUUGGUUAAUUUUACCUUAGCCGGUUAUGGUAUAGUUCGACGGCCAAGGGAUUUUUCUACCUUUUUACUAUCGAUUUUUAUGAUCAAUUUAUUGAUGUACACAUUUUUCUAUGUGAUUAUGAAAUUACGACAUCGUGAACGCUUCCAAAUGCUGUCUUUAGUGUAUAUCUUGUUAGCUUGUGUUUCUUGGGGCUGUGCAAUAUAUUUCUACUUAUCACGAACAACCACGUGGGAGGUAACUCCUGCUCGCUCUCGUGCACUUAAUCAACCCUGUGUUUUAUUGGAUUUCUACGAUGCCCAUGAUGUUUGGCACUUUUUAUCUUCCAUAUCUAUGUUCUUUUCGUUUAUGUUACUCAUGUAUCUUGAUGAUAAUCUUUCAAAGCGUCCAAGGAAUCAAAUUUUUGUUUUUUAAUUCAAAUAACACUGUGAAUUGUUAAUAAUAAUAAUAAUGUUAUUAUUUUUUUUUAAAUCCUCCUAUUUUAAAGUAUUAUAGUUAUUAAAUUACUUAACGAUCAAACACUUACUUAUACAACACUGUCAUUACUUUAUAAACUUUUGAUUGAUUUAUUAUAUUUAAAUAUUGUUGUAAUCUUUCUGGAAAAUAAAACAAACAAACACACAAACAGAUUUAUACACUUAUUCACACGCAUACACACCUACACACACGCACAUUGCAGACACAAGCAAACAGAUUAUAUUGUGUAUAACGUUUUGUCUGCUUUUUGUGUUAUUCGUCUCUUCUAUUGUUGUCUUUUAUCUUGACUUAAUUUAUCUUCCUGUUUUUUCUGCGUUUGAUUUAAUGAAUCAUCUUUUUUUAAAGCAAACAUUUGAAUACAAAAUAAUAAUUAAAGCC